AUGGUAGCAAACAGCGGUAAUGCAAGCCUGCCAUCACCAGGCAUUGCUAUGUUAGUCGAUGUUGAUCGCCUUCGCUCGCUACAACAAAACGAGGCCUUCAAAAAAUACGCCAUUGUCACUGCUUCCACUUUCAUAGUACUGGUGGCCUUCACAUUCGUGCUUUUGAUGUGUAAACCGAAGGAAAAGGACAUAAGAAGGGACACAAAAGCUUCGGAGUCUGACACGACCAUACCAAUGGCAACAAGCAGCGCAGAUACUUCACAGUUUGACGAAACACCUUUGGCAGUUAUAACAAUUAUUCGUGAAGGCGCACAUGCUCCAAAGAAAUUCAAAAAAGAAGAAACCCGACGUUCAUUUCCAAACCUCGAAAAUGGACUGACAGAUGUGAGUAUGUAA